UUGCAGUGGGACACGGGUCCAGGCGACCUGUCCCCAGAAGCAUGGAGUGUCCUUCCUGCCAUCAUGUCUCCAAAGAUGAAGCCCCCAAAUUCUGCAGCCAGUGUGGAGUCAGGCUUCCUGCGGUCCCCACACCAGAUCCCGAGACUCACAGCACCCAGGCGGUGCGGGCUCCGGACGGGGAAAUGGAGCGUGGGGAGGCACUGAAGGAAGACGGCGGCCCAUCCUUGUCCCUGGGUUUGGAUGACGGACAAGAGAACCCGGUGGAGUCUUGCUCUGACGCCUCCUGUACCAUCCAGAGGGCGAGUCGGCUGCGUAGGAGCAAGAGGAAGAAGAAGAAGAAGAAACAGAGGCCAUCCACUUCAGAUGAGCUAGACUCUUUGCCCCUGAACCCCUCGGCCCCAGGUAGCCUGAGUUCUCUUGCACUCCCUGGGUCCAUGGACCCAGCCCCUCACAGAGACCCAGAUCAGCAGGACAGUGUGAGCAGCCAGCCCCCAGCCAACGGUGCUGAUGCCAGGUGUGAUCAGGAUGGUGUGAGUGGCCUGCCCCCAGCCAGAGGUGCUGAUGCCAGGUGUGAUCAAGAUGGUGUGAGUGGCCAGCCCCUGGCCAGAGGUGCUGAUGCCAGGUGUGACCAGGGCCCACCCAGCCUAGAGGCCAGGAGCCAGGAUGUGGACCUGGACAUGACACACCUGGAGGGGGAUGGCUCCACAGGGCCCUUCAGGGAUGUGGCACAGGCCAGCGGCUGCCCUCUGCAGGGUCAGACUGUUGGAGGAGAAGCAGCCAUGAGAAGCAAGUCCCAGAUGAGUGCUGAGCCCCGGGGCCAGGACUUCUCCAGCCCCUCUCAGGAGGGGGCAGGCCUCCCCAAAGCUGCCCCUGAAAGCAGCCGUGUGGAUAAAGAUGCUGCCCAGCCGUUCCCAUUGCCAGAGUCACAAGAGGACGAUUCAGAGCCCAGGGAAGGGGCACAGACCACCAGGAAGCAGGCGGAGACCCCAGCUUCUGAGGCCAAUGACGCUCCAGCUGAGCCAGCCCCUGAUGUGAAAAGGGCAGGGAAGGAUGGUAAAAAGAAGUCGCAGAAGGAGAAGCCGCCACCAGCAACUGUCCCUGUUUCCAGAGACCACGGCCAGGAAGCUGACACCAAGGACAAAAUGGCCCUUCCUGGAGGGAAAGCGGGUGAGAGCAAGAAAGCCCAGCCCGAAGACCGGAAGAAGCCAGAAGAGAGCGGCAGAGCUCGCGCUAAGGCAGUGAAAAACGCCAAGGAGCAGAGGAACCAGGACGCGUGUGCAUGUGAAGUGGAGAGCACGCUGAGUCCUGGUGAAGGGAUCAUGGUGUACUUCCAUGCCAUCGUCUCUAAAGAUUUCUCAUUCAACCCUAACCAACAUCGAGUACUCAUCAGGGGAGGAGAAGAGUUUGGAAAGCCACCAUGGAACCGGAACGUCUGUGAGAUGAGCUACACCAAAGACUUGGGUGAAUACGGAUCCCUCGUUGAAGGCUUUGCCUUCAUUUCCAAGCAGAACCUGGAUAAGCCCAUUCCUUAUAAGUACGUCAUUGCCUGCACCAAGGAUUCUGAGGAGUACGAGUUCAUCUACAAACGUCAGCAGAAGGAAGGAGAAUAUGUCAACCGUUGUCUGUGCAUCAGGUCGUCACUCCUGGGCUCAGGAGAUUGGCAUCAGUAUGAUGAUAUAAUUUGCAUGAAGCCUCCUGGUAAGAUUCAGAGGUUCUGGGAUCAUGUCACAGAUGGUACAAGGAAAAGCCUGGUGAGGGGGAAGCAGAUCGCGGCUAGAGUCAUGCUGGACAGCAUCUUCAGCAUCCUCCAGACCUGGAAUGCCAUCAAUUUAAAGAAAUUUUUCACCCAGUUUAAGCAGUUUUAUUCUGUCGUCCGAGAGCCAACAGUCUAUGAAGGCGGACCACAGACGUGGAGCUCAUUUCUGAAGUAUGGAGAGACAGAGGUGAAGAAGGACCUGUGGCACUAUUUGAAAGAGAAAAUGGAUCUGUUCCUGCAAAGGAACAGCGAGGAGCGUCCCCCUGAACACUGGCCAGUGAGGAGUGGACUGAGAAUGGGCCUCAUCGUCCUGUUUGCAAUGGAAGAGUUUGCACUUCCCAUGUCAGACGCCGACCUUUCCUCACUGUGCUACCUUCUCUGCGUGAGUGCCAGCUCGCCAGACCCCCUUCACAGAGACUUACAACCCGUCUUUGAAACAUCUCGGAGCUGGAGAAGGUACCUGGUAAACCUGUGCGGGAGGUGCAUGUACCCAAGCAAGGACUGCUGGGUCCUCACGCUCCCGGUGCUGCACCACUGCAUGGGGCUGGCCCCCCAAGGGAAGGACAUCCCGCCCGAGGACACGUGGGCAGCCCUCGAAGGCCUCUCCUUCUCACAGUUUCGGGAAGAAAGAUCAGACCAGAAUCAACUUCUUCAGCUCAUGGAAAGCAAUCAGCAUUUGCUGAACGUGGACGGCUGUCUGUUCCGAUCCUGGUUCAGUCUGCUGCCUCUGCGUGACCUGGCUGACUACAUGAGGACCUUGGUUCCAUACCUAGCGGCUUCCCCUGCUCGUUUCUUGGACUGCUUCCUAGGGGUUUACUACCGGCUUCGAGGACUUUACAAAAUCUCGCACAGAAAUCUGGAGAGUAUUGAGAAGGCUUUAGAAAUGCUGUUACGCCUGCUGGAUGCUCAUCCGAACAACUGGAGAAGGUACCUGGUAAACCUGUGCCGGAGGUGCAUGUACCCAAGCAAGGACUGCUGGGUCCUCACGCUCCCGGUGCUGCACCACUGCAUGGGGCUGGCCCCCCAAGGGAAGGACAUCCCGCCUGAGGACACGUGGGCAGCCCUCGAAGGCCUCUCCUUCUCACAGUUUCGGGAAGAAAGAUCAGACCAGAAUCAACUUCUUCAGCUCAUGGAAAGCAAUCAGCAUUUGCUGAACGUGGACGGCUGUCUGUUCCGAUCCUGGUUCAGUCUGCUGCCUCUGCGUGACCUGGCUGACUACAUGAGGACCUUGGUUCCAUACCUGGCGGCUUCCCCUGCUCAUUUCCUGGACUGCUUCCUAGGGGUUUACUACCGGCUUGGAGGACUUAAGGAAAUCUCGCACAGAAAUCUGGAGAAUAUUGAGAAAGCUUUAAAAAUGCUGUUGCACCUCCUGGAAGCUGAUCUGAACACUGUUCCUGUGGAGCCCUUCUUACAGUCCUACUUGACCGUCUGUUUGAACCUUCACGAAACCAUCUGCAAAAUCACAAAAAACCCAAAGUUUUCUGAGAUGCCAGCCUUGUCUGCAGAGAUUGUUUGCAGAAUUGUUUCACUUCAACCUGUGGUGGACUGGGCAGAAAUGCACGGCAGUGAAAUCGGGAAGAAGGAUUCAGUAAAAAUGGUAUUCCAGGGAGCUCUUACCGCUACUAGAAGUUGGCUUCAACGUAUUUUUGCAAACAAAAUGUUCCAGAGCUCACAUCCUUCGGGAGUCUCCUUCAGGUACCCUGAGGAGGUGGAGGUCUGGAGGCGGCUGGUGGAAAUACACUUUCCUGUGGAACAUGGCUGGAAGGAGGCGUUGCUGGGAGACCUGGAAGGGAGACUCAAACAGGAGAGGCCGCUCUUGCAGAUCGCGGCCUACUGUAGCACCGGCUGGGAUGCCUCAGGCCUGGACGACAGUGUGGCUAAGAGCUUUGAGAAGUGCGUCAUUGAAGCCGUGAGUUCGGCCUGCCAGUCUCAGACCAGCAUCCUUGAUGGUCUCUCCCCUUAUGAUUUGCGGAAAUUUGGCAAACUCGUGUCUGCUGUGAUUACCAAGUCCUGGCCAGUGAACGACGGGGAAGCCGUGGAUGAUGUGGAUGAGGUUUUAAAGCACCUGCUCACAGGGCCUGAUGUCAAGCAGCUCUUCAAACUGUACGGAACCGAUGAGAAAAUGUUAGCAAAUAUUACAGAGGAUGGCAAGAAGUUGAUGGCCACUGCUGACUCUGUGUUCACCAAAGUUGUUGGUGACCUCCUAAAUGGAACAGUCUUAGUUCGACAACUGGAGCUGAUUGUGAAGCACAAGACUCAGUUUCUCGACAUCUGGCAAAUAAAGAGUAAAACCCUUUCAUCCCAGGAGAAAGAACAUGAUGUGAAGGCUGUGCUGGACUGGAGAAUGAAUGAACUACUAUUUCUGAAGAAACAGAAAACAUAUAUUGAUAAUCUCUUAAAAUUGUGUGAGAAAGUGAAACACCUGGUAAAAGUGGAUUUUGGAGAGACUGAAAACAAACACUGGGAAGACCUCGGCAGUAAGAGAUUAAAUGAAGCUGUGACGGUGAGACUGCCCAUCUGCUCAGAAGUGGAGCUGAUAACACACUACAACCUGAGCCCCCACGUCCAGGAGAUGGCGGAAAUGGUAGACUUGCUAAAGGACAGCCACGUCUUCCAGAUGUUCUGGGAAGAAGCCGCAGAGUCGCUGAAGGAGCCUGAAGAGGAAUCAGAGGAGCAAAUAUUCCACCUUGAAGAUGCAUAUGAUUAUUUGUAUGAUCCUUGUUACAAACGGUUCACCAGACUGUAUAAGGAUCUGAAGUCAGGAGAGGUCACCUUUGCAGAAGUCGAUGCAGCCUUCAAAGCCUUUGUCAAUAGAUACAGCGACCUGACUUUAGAACUCCAGGUCAUGUGCACUGUGCAUGGAAGGAACCGAAAUCACUGGAUCCGGGAGCGUGUUGACCAGAUCAAGGAAUAUCAUCACCUGCACCAGGCUGCUCACUCAGCCACAGUCAUCUUAAAGAUCAAAGAGAAUUUGGGCCUGACUGGUGACUUCAGUGUUCUUCACACUUUAUUAAGCUUUACUGAGGACUUUGACCACUUUCGCCAUGAAAAGCUGACCUGCAUCAGCCAGCGGCUUAUCCGUGCCAAGAAGCUGCUCCAGGACAUCAGUGACACGCGGUGCCGGUGUCUGGAGGAGCUGUCCCUGAGGAAGGAGUUCAUUAGCUGGGUCCGGGAGACCCUUAGAGACAUCAACGAGCUGAAGGUGUUUGUGGACCUGGCCUCCAUCUCGGCCGGCGAGAACGACAUAGACGUGGACCGCGCGGCCUGCUUCCAUGAUGCUGUGCAGGGCUACGCUUCUCUGUUGUACAAGCUCGGCACAACGGCAGGCUUUGAUGAGUUCAUGGACCACCUGACAGAACUGUGGAAGGCUCUGGAAAAUGACCCGCAUCUGCCCAAGAAACUGGUAAGCCUUGUUUCUGGCACCGAGUAGCGUAAGUGUAAUAAAGCAUGGCUUACAACACCAGGGGAAGAUGGUGCAAAUUAUACAAAACGUGUGUGGUAGGUCUUCAUGCAGCUGUUUACAAGGAUGUUCAAAAGCAGCUAUUUAUCAAUGUAGGUGCCUUCUCUCUCUUAUGUUAAAAAGCAAGAUUCCAAAUUGCAUGUAAACAACAGUAAUCACUACUAUACAAAACGUACGGGAAGACUGAAGGG